UGCGAUGCAUUCGUACGUCUUACGGUAGAGUAUGUGUAGAAAAGAAGGAACCUCCUUCGUACAGAUGCGCGAACAUUCAUGAAAAUCUGUGAAUAUUUGUUUUGAGCUCGUUCGGACGCCGAAAUUUCGCGUGUAAGAGAAAACCCGGGCGUUCGUUUCUUUAAUUCCCGUUACGGCGAUACCAGACGCAUAUGUGCAACCACGUAAAGUAACGAAUAUUUGCUAUGGUCUCUUUUACUGGUCUGAGGGAUUUCCUUAGGGCAGAAAGAGCAGGAUAGGUCCCCGUGAAGACUUCGGGACUCCUCCCCGAGCAGCCAACGGAGUAAUUCCAUGUGUAAAAAACAGGAACUCUUCGCUCCGCAUGCUCAUUAAAAACUUCCGGUGACCUUGGAUUUUCUUCAUGCACACGUCGCGACGAGAGGUAAUACAAAACGGCUUGUUGCUGCCUUCACCACACUUCUUAUUAUCACCACCAGAAGCAGCAGCAGCAGUUUUUGCGUAGUGUGUGGCCGCUUCAGCCAAUCACAGUCACCGUUGUCAAAAAUACUGUGAGAAAUUUGAAACGUGACGCGACAUCUGUGACCGUGGCAGACUUAUCUGGUGUCGCUCUCCAGCAUACACGUCGGCCUAGAGGCAAGCAGUGCUGGUAUACCAUGUGUAAUCGGGGAUUGAUCACUGAUAGACAUUGUGCCGCUAGCCGCAGCAUCCACCGGUUCAAUUGAAACGUAAUAGAAACCCGACUGCAAAGACGGCAGAUCUUAGCAGAAUGUCUUCAAGCAACAGGAUGAAAUACGGUAAAGUAGCCGUAUUCGGCUGCCCCAAUGUUGGAAAAACAGCAUUCAUCGUGCGGCUCAUAACGAAACGAUUCAUUGGAGAGUACGAGAGUGGAAAAGAGAUGAUCUACAACCUUCGUUUCGUUCACGAAGAUGACGUCAUCGAGCUAGAUAUUCUCGACAGCCAAAUUGAACAGGACGCUGUGAAGUUAGAAGAGAACAUCAAGUGGGCGGAUGCCUUCAUUCUGAUGUACUCCAUCACAGACAGUAGCGGACUCGAUCGACUUUACGAACUGAAGCGACAGAUCAGCCGUAUCCGGAUCCGCAACGCUCCCAUGAUGCUCAUCGGCAACAAGAACGAUCUCGAACACUUCCGCGCCGUGGCGCGCGAGGCAGCGGCGAACUUUGCCGAGCUUUACCGAUGUCUGUUCUACGAGGUGGCGGCCGCCGAGGACUACGGCGGCGUGCACGCCGCCUUCGGCAGCCUCGUUAUGGAGAUGCGAGCCGAGCAUGCGCGCUGCGCUGUGGCGCUCGAUCGCAAAUCAAAACUAAUGACGAUGAAAAACGCGUUGAAACAGAAACUUAGUAAAAACAAAGGGGACGCGACCGGUGUCAAAACGAGUGACGUCAGAGCAACGUUAGAAGAAGAAAGCGCGCUAUUAUCAGUCGCUAACGCAUCUAUAUAACGGCAAUGACACGAUCAAGCAUAAUACAUAUACUUGUCAUAUCAGCACGCGUAGAUUAUAAAACGGCCAGAAUCUAUAUACUGUACUAGAUUCCGGUACCAAGUUGACCUAUUCUAGAUUCAGGCGUUACCUGAUUGGUCUCCGCAACAGGGUACGAUGUGCGUCACUUCCGGUUUCUUCGAAAAGUACAUCGCAAUGCAAAUUAUGGGGGAAGACCGCAGAAACAAAACUAGAAAAAUGCUUUUUUUUGCACGAGCUCACUGAAUUCGAACUUGGCGGCUAAUAAGGUGCGGAACCGCAGGGGUUGUGCUUUGGGUUGUGUUUCGUGCUAAGCGCUCGUAAUUUUAAACUGAACCGAGCCGUUCAACGAGGGAAUAAAGGGAAACUCAAAAUUAUAUAUAUAUAUAACAACAUUAAAUAUGUAUACAGUUCAUUAGUCAAGUUGAUUAGUACUUGAUAACAGAUGCACGCGCGCAGGCACGUACUAACUCACCCAAAGGAUACAUGUAUAUAGCCGUAACUUGUGCUCGUAUUAAUGAUUACUAACUAUUAAACAUUAUGUAAAUAAAUUUAUUAUUUGAUGAUAUA